AAAGGAGCCCCCGGUUCCCAGCGGCUCCCAGCGCUUCUGUUGGCGGACGACGCGACGCCACCAUGUCCCGGAUCCAGCCCGCCGUCCUCUCCGUGCUGCUGCUGCUCUGCCUCGGGACGCACGGGGGUCUCGGGGGUCGUCCCCUGCUGGUUUUCCUCAUCGACGGAUUCCGCUACGAUUACAUGGAUGACUUGAACGCACUGCCCGGAUUCCGGGAGCUGGUGGGGAACGGGGUGAAGGUGGACUACAUGACGCCGGACUUCCCGAGCCUGUCCUACCCCAAUUAUUACUCCUUAAUGACAGGCCGACACUGUGAUAUUCAUCAGAUGACUGGGAACUACAUGUGGGACGAAACCUCCGGGAAGGAGUUUGUGAUUGGGACCAAUCCUGACAGCCGGUUACCUCUUUGGUGGGACGGGUCAGAGCCUCUAUGGGUCACCAUGCAGAAGACGGGGAGGAAGGUUUUCAUGUACUACUGGCCUGGUUGUGAGGUGGAGAUUCUGGGCGUCCGUCCAACUUUCUGCGAGGAAUACGUGUACAACCCCUCCGAGAAGAAUCUCACAGAAUCCAUAACGGAUGCUCUCAAAGUCCUGAGAUCAGGCCAAGCAGAAAUGGCAGCAAUAUAUUAUGAGAAAAUAGAUGUGGAGGGACACCACUUUGGUCCAGAGUCUCAACAAGUCAGAACAGCCGUGCGACAACUGGAUGUUGCCAUGCAGACGCUCAACAGCAAAAUCAGAGAGAUGGACAUGGGGAACAGUCUGAACGUGGUCUUGUUUUCAGACCACGGCAUGACGAAGAUCCAGUGGAUGGAGAAGGUCAUCGAACUGGAUAAAUACAUCAGCAUGGCGGACGUUUCCAAGAUGAUGGACAGGGGGCCGGUGGUCAGUCUGUGGCCCAGAGAUAACAAGUACCAAGAGGUGUAUGCAGCCUUGUCCCAGGUUCCUAACAUGCGCGUCUACAGCAGACAAGAUGUUCCUAAACGGUUCCAUUACGGAGGAGGGAGGUUCGUUUCCCCCCUGACGCUGGUGGCUGAGCCCGGCUGGUUUAUUACCGAGAACAAGACGACACUCCCCUUCUGGAAAAACGAAUCCGGGGAGCCCAUUGCUUGGCAAAACGGUUGGCACGGCUACGACAACGAGUUCCUCGACAUGAGAGGCUUUUUUCUGGCGGCAGGACCUGACUUCAAGAAGAACGUUCGUGCAGCUCCUAUCCGAGCGGUGGACGUCUACAACCUGCUGUGCCACACGCUGGGAGUGGAUCCGCUGCCAAAUAACGGCUCCUGGUCUCGGGUCGAGUACCUGCUGAGCAGCUCUGGUGGUUCAUCCCGGACGACGAACCUCUGGACCUGGUUCGUGUGUUUCUCAGGAACAAUGUUGGCGAUGUGUAACUUCAAGAUUUGACAGUGUUUGUGGAUAACCAGAGACAAUUAAACAGGACUGGGAAAGCAAAUUUAGACUGUUGCACUCUUACAGAAAUUGCUAAUCACACAGUUGUUUAAAGAAGGAAAUCACACACACACGUAUAGGAUAAAGCACUGGUGACUUCUGUAAACUUGAAACUGUUGAAUGUAAAUAUAUUUUCUUUAUUUUUUCUGUAAUUUUACAAGAUCGAAAUUCUCCAUAAAACAAAUUAAUUUGCAUAUUCCUACUAGAAUGAAUCACAGAGCAGCGGCUGAUUUAAUACUGAUGGAUAAAUCGUGGCCUUUUGAAAAGGGCAGCAGCUAGAAUAGUUACUGUGGUAAAUAAUGGAAGCUAAUACAUGAUCAAGGUCUGUGUGGUGAGUGAUUUGCCACGGCUCAGAUCCUUGUUCUGAUCACAUUUGUAAUUGAACCACCGGUAUUUGUUUGUGUUAGACGUGAAACCCGAUGCGAUCACUGUGAAUAAAUUUGCUUUUGUUUUGGAGACGUU